CUUGUGAAACCAUUCCAGCCCCGAGUUUAGCCCCCCAACCUUCAACAGCAGUAACUCGCUCGCUACGGUUGCUCUGUUUCCUUCGUUUAUAUACGUCGUUCGUUCGCUCAGGGCCUGUUGUUGUCAAUCCAACACAUCGAUCACUGGUCAGCUAUUCAAUUGAAUCAACAUGACGAAUACUUUCGCCCUCCUUGCCCUGUUGGGUACUGCCUCCGCUUGGGGAACAGGAUACUACCCACCUCACCACAGCUCGAAGUAUGAAUAUACUCCGCCCCCGUACACCCCUUCGGAGACCCCAUGUGAGACUUCGACCCCGGUAUACACACCACCGCCUUAUUCUGAGUAUACUCCUCCGCCUUAUUCAUCCAAGUAUACUCCUCCACCUUAUUCGUCCAAGUACACCCCUCCUCCUUAUUCAUCCAAGUAUACUCCUCCACCUUAUUCGUCCAAGUACACCCCUCCGCCUUAUUCAUCGUAUACACCUCCACCACCACCACCACCAACUUCUACUCCUUGCGAAACGUCUAUUUACACCCCCCCUCCGCCGCCACCGCCGCCAACUAGCACUCCAUGUGAGACGACUACUCCUCCACCUCCACCUCCACCACCAACUAGCACUCCAUGUAAGACGACUACUCCACCGCCGCCGCCGCCACCGCCCCCAAGCAGCACGCCCUGCGAGACGUCCUCGAUUUACACGCCUCCUCCACCACCUCCUCCACCACCAAGCAACAAAACCACUCCUUGCCCAAGCUCAACUCCCCCUCCGCCACCACCUCCCCCGACAACUUACCCGCCUUACCACAACACGACAGUGCCUUGCUCAACUGUAACAACCACGAUCACUACCCUGACGACUGUUACUGUUCCUUGCACUACCACUAUUACUAUCACCAAAUGCAAGGAGACGUGCUCUAAGACUACCAUUACGACCACAACAACCACAACUUCGGUUUACACCACGACUUGCCCAACGACUUAUAUUGUGCCUUUGACAAGCACAUUAAUCCCCUACCCCCCAGCGACCUCUAUCCCAGUUCCUCCGGUCACCACACCCUACUACCCACCGGCUCCUCCUACGCCAUCCAGUAAGGCUCCUCCACCAGCCACCACGGCUGCUCCUCUGCCGUCGACCACUGUGGUGCCAGCUCCUCCCCAGUUCACGGGAGCCGCUGCCACCAACAAGCCGUAUGCCGCGCUCCUAGCUGGUGCUGUCGCUUUGGUCGCUUGGGCGUAAAAGCCUGUAUUGAUUGAUAAUUUCUUGUAAAUUUUGCAUUCUCACGUUCCCUCACGAUACAAACAUGACGAUUAAUGUAGCUACUCUGCGGACAUGCAUCGGUGGAGUUUACCACGUUCCUUAUAGGAUGGAUGGAAAGAUCCCUAGUUUUGGUUCAUAGUUCUAGAAGCAUUGGAAGGGGCGGUGCAAGAGGCCGGGUAGGAGAUUGGCAGCAAGGAAUAGUGGCUGCGUAAUUUUGGUGGAUGAGGGAUGGUUUGGUUUCAAUUUGGAUUCGAUUUCAUAUUGGGCCUCGGCUUGGACGUAAUGUUUUGUUCGUAGUGUUACCAACUGUAGUUGAUGGUAACUGCUUAAUCCAACGGUUUUCACGCGUCAAAGAAAUAUGGUCGAUUGUGGAGAAUGUGUUGGCGAUGCAGUGAGAUGUUU